AUGGCUGCGUCCGGUCCCUCACUUGUUGCGCCCGACGUUAUCACACAACUUCAGAACGUUCUUUCGAACUUGGCCUCUAACGACAAUAAUUUGCGCUCACAAGCUGAACGAGAGUUAAACGACCACUGGAUUUCAUCACAACCUGACUUGCUGUUGUUAUCACUUGCACAGCUCGGAUGCACUCACCAGAAUACUCAUGGGCGUUCGUUUUCUUUUGUUUUACUGCGUCGAAUCGCGUUCAAACAAGCUCCAAAUCAAAUUCAGAAAACAGAAGAAACCACAGUCUGGGAUGCUCUCCAAGAGCAAAGUAGGAAAGCUAUCGAGUCUCAACUAAUAUUAGCUUUAUCGGUGGAGCGGGAGCAAACAGUACGGCAUAAGGUUUGCGAUGCCGUUUCUGAAGUGGCAAAGAAUUCCUUCUUAAGAGGACAGGAAUGGGUUGAACUUCUUCCUGCUCUUUUUGAGGCGAGCAAAUCUCCUUCGGCUGAACAUCGCGAAGCUGCUUUUCGUAUAUUCUCAGCAGUACCUAAUUUACUGACAGAUCAGUCUUUGGAUAUAUUAAAACAAAUUUUUGCGGUCAAUUUACAAUACCCGAAUGGUGCGGUGCGCAUGGUUUGUCUAAAAGCUGCCGUAGCCUUUGUGUUGGAAGCAGAUCAACCCAGCCGUAAUUCUUUUGCUGAAUUAAUGCCACAAAUGCUUGACGUGUUAUCCCCCCUUUUGCAAGAACGCGAUGAGGAUGGAUUGGUCGAUGGGCUUAUGGUGUUUAUAGAAUUGGCCGAAAAUUUACCAAGAGUGUUUAAACCAGCGUUACCUGUCGUAGUGCAAUUCAGUCUAAAUGUCAUGAAAGACAAAACGCUGGAAGAUGGAACUCGUCAGACUGCCCUGGAACUCUUACUUACAUUAUCCGAAUCAUCUCCCUCAAUGAUGCGUAAGGCGGCAGACUUUUGUAGUCAAGUCAUUCCUAUUUGCUUGGAAAUGAUGACCGAAUUGGAUAACGCCGAAGAGUGGUAUACAACAGAUGACCUUGAAGAUGAGAGCGAUGAGAAUUGUGUUAUAGGCGAACAUGCUAUGGACCGUUUGGCGAGAAAUCUCGGUGGAAAGGCUGUGCUUCCUAUUGCUUUUCAGUAUAUCCCCAAUAUGUUGGGAUCGGAAAAAUGGGAACAAAGACACGCCGGGUUGAUGGCAAUUUCUGCUAUCGGUGAGGGAUGUGUUAAAAUAAUGGAAGCCGAACUCGGUAAAAUUAUAGAUUUGGUAUUACCUUAUCUACGAGACCCACAUCCGCGAGUACGAUAUGCUGCUUGUAAUGCAGUAGGUCAAAUGUCGACCGACUUUCAAGACAGUCUGCAAAAGAAAUAUCAUAAUCCAGUUUUGACAAGCCUGAUUCCUGUCAUGGACGCACCCGAAUCUAGGGUUCAGGCUCACGCUGCGGCAGCUUUGGUUAACUUUUGUGAAGCUGCUGACAAGUCAAUUCUCGAGCCCUAUUUGGAUGUUAUAUUCGAAAAGCUUUUGGUUUUGUUGAAAUCUGGAAAGACGUAUGUCCAGGAGCAAGCUAUUACUACAAUAGCUACAGUAGCUGACAGUGCGGAGGACCGGUUCGUGAAGUAUUACGAGGCCAUAAUGCCUUUGCUGCUCAGUGUUCUGAAGAAUGCACAUCAGAAAGAAUUCAGACUAUUACGUGGAAAAGCAAUGGAAUGUGCUAGUUUAAUCGCCUUGGCUGUUGGCAAGGAAAUAUUUGCUCCAACCGCAAAUGAAUUUAUUGAAUUAUUGGUGCAGACCCAGCAGAGUGUCACUGAAUCGGAUGACCCUCAGACCUCGUAUCUCAUUGCAUCAUGGGCCAGAAUCUGCAAAGUAUUGGGAGAAGACUUUGUACCUUAUCUCCAAAUAGUAAUGCCACCACUUUUGGUAUCUGCCCAGUUGAAGCCCGAGUUUGCAGUUGUGGAUCCCGAGGAGGACGUAGAGUCCAAGUAUUCGGCUGAGGACGGCUGGGAACUUGUAGGAGUUGAAGGCCAGCAAAUAGGAAUCAAAACAUUAGUGUUGGAAGAAAAAUGUACUGCAGUUGAAAUGUUGAUCUGUUAUGCCCGAGAAUUGGGUGCAUCAUUCCGACCGUAUGUGGAAAGCGUAAUGGAAAUAGUUUUACCUCUGUUGAAAUUCUUUUUCCAUGAUGAAGUAAGAAAUGCUGCCGCCGCAGUCAUUCCGUAUCUUCUUGCUUCGGUUAAGAAGGCCGACGAAAAUCCAGAGUAUUUAGCGUCUUUAUGGCAUACUGUUGCCCAGAAAGUGAUUGAAGCCAUAGCGGGCGAAUCGGAUCCAUUAUUUUUAUGGCAGUUAUAUAUCACAUUUCACGAGUCUCUCGAAACUGCGGGCGAUAACAGUUUGAAUGCUGACGAAUUGGACGCAUUCACAAGAGCAACCGAGUCUCAAUUGCAGGAUUUUUAUCAGAGGUUGAAACAACGUGAGCAGGCUAAGCUCAACAAAGAAUUUGAUGCAGAGGAUGAGGAUCUGAUUUUAGAGGAGCAACAGACUGAAGAGAACGUUCUUGGAGAACUCUCAAAAGCACUACAUAUCUUAUUAAAGACGCACAAGACCGCUUAUUUACCAUCUUUUGAUCAUCUACUUCCAAUAAUCACAACCUUUUUAUCCGAUACCAAUUCUGCCGCACGUCAAUGGUCUUUGUGUGUAUUUGAUGAUUUAGUCGAAUUUACUGGACCCGAGUCAUGGAAGUAUCAAGGUCAUUUUCUGGGAAAAAUGGUUGAUUCCCUCUUGGAUCCGGCUUCUGAUGUCCGGCAAGCUGCAGCGUAUGGUAUUGGCGUUUGCGCACAAUUUGGUGGUGAGAAUUAUGCAGAAGUCUGUGCUGCUACACUUACACCAUUGUUUCAGAUAAUAAACGCACCGGACGCUCGAAAAGACGAUAAUGUUUAUGCUACCGAGAACGCCGUUUCAGCACUAACUAAAAUUCUCAAGUUUAACAGUAGCAAAUUUGAUGCCAAUUCAGUUUUGCCAUCCUGGUUUGCCGCUCUUCCAAUUUUGUAUGAUGAAGAAGAGGCACCUCUCACUUAUUCAUAUCUUUUAGAUUUGUUGGAAAUACAACAUCCUGUCAUCUUAGGAAACAAUCAUGCCAACAUUCCUCGCAUUAUAAACAUGCUUGUAGACGCUCUUGCAUCGUCUAUUCUUCCUGUGGAUUUAGCAAACCGCGUUGCAAAUGAUCUAAAGGCAAUAAUUGGCCCAUUACCAGAAGAUGCCAAAGCGUCACUAUGGAAUUCUAUCGCACCCGAGAAAAUAAAAGCUUUACAGGAUUUGCAAUAUUUCUAA